GGGACUGUUGUUGUUCUCUGGCCGCUGGACCGCCCCAAUCAGUCCAGCCCAGAAACCUAGAGCUUUUCUAUCUGGUGGGGAGCGUGAGGUCGUAUCCCUCUUUCUCGCGUCCCGCAAAGCUGCAGCAGGAGCUAGAGCAAAUACCCGGCGGUUGUCUCCGAUGCCCUUCAGUGAGGAGGGGGCGUCCAGACCCUGGUGAGCACACCUCAGGGGAUCCCCGUCGCCUACUCAGUGACUACGUAGCCCCCUAGGGCCGCACACCCCAGUCUGGCUGCCAUGGCUGAAAAUUCAGAGGGGGACCUGAACUUCAACCUGCUCCACACUCACUACCACACCGGGGACCCUCAGCUAGACACGGCCAUCGGGCAGUGGCUCCGUUGGGACAAGAAUCCGAAAACAAAAGAGCAGAUUGAAAAUCUGUUACGGAAUGGGAUGAACAAAGAACUUCGAGAUCGUCUUUGUUGUCGAAUGACCUUUGGGACCGCAGGACUGCGUUCUGCUAUGGGGGCAGGGUUUUGCUAUAUUAAUGACCUUACAGUAAUACAGUCAACACAGGGGAUGUACAAAUACCUGGAGAGAUGUUUCUCAGACUUCAAGCAGAGAGGCUUUGUCGUUGGGUAUGACACCCGAGGUCAAGUAACUAGCAGCUGCAGCAGCCAGAGGCUUGCAAAACUCACUGCUGCAGUCUUGUUGGCUAAAGAUGUUCCUGUGUACCUUUUUUCAAGAUAUGUCCCUACACCUUUCGUACCAUAUGCAGUUAAGGAGCUCAAAGCCGUGGCAGGUGUGAUGAUCACCGCAUCUCAUAACCGCAAGGAAGAUAAUGGAUACAAGGUUUAUUGGGAAACUGGUUCUCAGAUCACAUCUCCUCAUGAUAAAGAAAUUCUGAAAUGUAUAGAAGAAUGUGUGGAACCCUGGAAUGGUUCCUGGAAUGAUAAUUUAGUGGAUACCAGCCCACUGAAGAAAGAUCCUCUGCAGGACAUUUGUAAAAGAUACAUGGAAGAUCUGAAAAAGAUCUGUUUUCACAGGGAAAUAAACUCAAAGACCACCUUGAAAUUUGUUCACACGUCUUUUCAUGGGGUUGGACAUGACUAUGUACAGUUGGCUUUUCAAGUGUUUGGGUUUAAGCCCCCAAUUCCAGUACCAGAACAAAAGGAUCCUGAUCCAGACUUUUCUACUGUUAAAUGCCCAAAUCCUGAAGAAGGAGAAUCCGUGCUGGAACUUUCUUUGAGACUAGCAGAGAAAGAAAAGGCCCGAGUUGUCCUAGCCACAGACCCUGAUGCAGACCGACUGGCAGUGGCAGAACUUCAGGAAAAUGGUCAUUGGAAAGUUUUCACAGGAAAUGAAUUGGCAGCUUUGUUUGGGUGGUGGAUGUUUGAUUGCUGGAGAAAUAAAUCAAGAAAUGCUGAUGUGAAUAAUGUUUAUAUGUUAGCCACCACAGUCUCUUCUAAAAUUUUGAAGGCAAUUGCACUUAAAGAAGGAUUUCAUUUUGAAGAAACAUUACCAGGUUUUAAAUGGAUUGGGAGUAGAAUAAAAGACCUUCUGGAAAAUGGGAAAGAAGUCCUUUUUGCAUUUGAAGAGUCUAUUGGUUUUCUGUGUGGAACAUCCGUUUUGGAUAAAGAUGGGGUGAGUGCAGCAGUUGUUGUUGCUGAGAUGGCAUCUUUCCUUGAAACAAUGAACAUCACAUUGAGACAACAGCUAAUCAAAGUUUAUGAAAAAUAUGGAUAUCAUAUUUCAAAAACUUCAUAUUUCUUGUGUUAUGAUCCACCUAUCAUCAAAAGUAUAUUUGAAAGACUUCGCAAUUUUGAUUCUCCAAAAGAAUAUCCAAAAUUUUGUGGGGCAUUUGCUAUACUGCAUAUACGGGACGUUACCACUGGAUAUGAUAGCAGCCAGCCUAAUAAGAAAUCAGUGCUGCCUGUGAGUAAAAACAGCCAAAUGAUUACCUUUACUUUUCAAAAUGGCUGUGUUGCUACCCUUCGAACAAGCGGGACAGAACCAAAGAUAAAGUAUUAUGCCGAGAUGUGUGCAUCACCUGACCAGAGUAACACUGCCUUACUGGAAGAAGAACUGAAGAAACUCAUUGAAGCUUUGAUUGAGAAUUUUCUUGAACCCAGUAAGAAUGGACUGAUCUGGCGUUCUGUUUAGUUGUACACCAGUUGCCCUGGCAUAUGAAACAACAACCAAGAACUCCAUGCAUUGAACCUUGUAUUAGUAUUCUCUCUCACUGGGCCAAGUGUCUCUCCCCCCCCCCCUUUUUUUUUUUGUUUUCUUAUCUUUUUGGUCAACUAACUAACCACACUGUAUAAAUCUGAAAUGAAAUGGUCUGAAGGUAAAUGAUUGAAUUGUUUUCAUAAUCUUGAACAAAAGUCAUUACAUUAAAAGUAUUAUCAUAAUGUAUUGUUCUUCCUUUACCAGAAAUGUAACUAUAUAAAAGUGAGUUUUCUUAUUAAAGUCUGACUAAGUUUAGUUUCAUAUUCUUGUAGUUGUGUAUAGCACGAUUUGAAAA